GGGAGGCCUGGAGCAGACGACAAGGCUGGCGAGGGCCGGGCAACCCAAAAUCGGUAUGGAUGCAGCCUUAACCGGACCCCCAGCGCCCUGAGCGUGCCUUUUCCGUCCGCCUUGGAGGCGGAGAUCGCCCGCGCGGCGCUGGCCGCAGACGCCGAACCCCACAGAGUGGCGGUUCAGAAGGAGCUGAUGGUGGUGGGCAACGUCCUGGCCAUUCGCUGGAGAGCUGAAGACCCUCGCCUCCUCAGAAUCUCCAUCAUCAGCUUUAUGGACCAGCUCUCCCUGGUGGUGCGGACCGAGCAGCGCUUUGGGCCUCCGGUUUCCCGCUAAGAGCGGCGGGGUGGGGGAGGCUGCUGUGACCUGUGCCCUUCCUAGGCAUCCUUCCUAGGGUCAUGGUGCCCACAGCACUUGCCAUUAUUCCUGGGUUAAACCUUGGCCGGUUACAGGCCCAUCC